GCCCGGCUCAAUAAUUGGCGGUAGAUCCAGGUUUGCUUUCGUUCACUGAAAUGAUCAUUGAGGCCAAUCAGGUGGCCCGAGAGCCUGAGGCCCUAAACAGGCACUAGCCACUAACUGUGCUUAGCCGCAGUCUGACGUCGGUACAGCACGAGGAGCAGAGGACCACAGGUUAGCUGCCUGGUCUUCUGUGCACUGUACACUGCACACGUCCUAGAGACAUCCGUCUUAACAGCCUUGGUUCCUUAGCAUCACCUAGCCCAGGGAAGCUGCAGCGCUUGGUCAACCUACCAAAGGCUAUACGUCAGCUGACUGCACGACUGUACCCCUCCCAGCGACGUGGCGAUCCAGCGAUAACAACCAGUGUCACUACCGCUAACGAAACAUCCCAAACAUCCCACGGCUGGAGUCGCCUCGAGGGCGACCUCUUAGUCGGACAUUAUGAACCGAAUAUUUGGCUCAAAGAAUACGGCUCCCAAGCCAACCCUUGAUUCAGCUAUCUCAAAUGUUGAUAAUCGGGUGUCAAGCAUCGAUGUCAAGCUCGCAGCCCUAAACUCAGAGCUGUCCACAUACCAAUCGCGGCUGGCGAAAAUGCGCGAUGGACCUGGCAAGAACGCGCUGCGGCAAAAAGCCCUCAAGGUGUUGCAGAGGAGGAAGCAAUACGAGGCGCAACGCGAUCAACUGUCGCAACAGUCGUGGAAUAUGGAGCAGGCCAACAUGAUGCAGGAUAACCUCAAGAACGUGAUGACGACUGUGGAUGCGAUGAAAACGACGACAAAGACGCUCAAGAAACAGUACGGCAAGAUCGACAUUGACAAGAUCGAGCGGAUGCAGGAUGAGAUGGCUGAUCUGAUGGAGAUGGGGAAUGAAAUUAACGAAAGUAUCUCGCGUGCCUAUGAUAUCCCCGAAGACGUGGAUGAGGCUGAACUGGACGCCGAGUUGGAGGCUCUAGGGGAGGAGACUAUGUUUGAGAGUCAACUUGGCGAGGAGGCGAUGCCGAGCUUCAUGCAGGAUGAGGUCGCGCCACCAACGUUUAUUGAUGAGCCUCCUGAGCAAGGCAAGGUCAAAGAAGCUGCUGGCGGGGUAGGCUAACAUAAGUUUUUUUUACAAGAAUGCCGUAGUACCUCGUUCAUUGAUACCUUGAUUUUAACUAAACAACAAACGACUUUCGAU